GCGAGUGCCAGCCGACCGCUCGCGUUCAUCAGCACGUAAGCCACUGCCCGGAAUCUCUCCCCCGCUGCCGUCUUAUCUUCGGGCGCGUGGGCAUGGAAGUUUCGGACAGUCGACUGCAGGUAGUGUCCGCACGGCAACCUCCUCCCACUUAUACUCUGAAUCUGAACAUCGACCAUCGCGGCACCUCAUCGCCGCGUUCAUCAUCAGCAAUCAACACCAUGAGCCAGCAGAGCCAUCGCCCUGCCGACACCCCGGAAAUGGAUGACGCUGCUUCUGAGGAUGUGCCCGUCACCCAGUCCGCCACCGCAUCCAGAGGCACCGCCAGCGGCAGAGGUCGGGGACGCGGCCGAUGGGCUCGGCCCAAAAACACGAAGGUCACCAAGCCCGCACAACAGAAGGCCGCGUCCGGCCGGGGCCGUCGACACAAGGUCUACGACAACCUCAAGGUCCAGGCCGCCCAUGAGCGCACCCAGGAGCUCAAGCAAGCCUUCUUAGCCGUGGGGAAGCUGGUCAAGCCGGCAAUUCAAGAGAUUGCCGACCGCUCCGUCAACGAGCUGCUCGAGGACCCGACCCUCUACAAACAAGUGCCCGAGUACGGCGCCACCAAGAAAUUCCUGCGCGAACGUCACGAAGCCACCAUUCGCCAGUGCAAUGACCGCCUCCGUCAGGGCCUCGCCAUGGCCGAGCAUGUCUGGCAAGCUCAACACCAAAAGGUCAUGGAAGAAUUCACGAUCAAGAUUGCCGAACUCUGUGAGGAUAGAUACGGCCAACUCCUCCGCGAGGUCGCCAUUCUCGAGCAUCUCUACAAUCACGGUUUGCCUGUUGACUUGCCCGCCCUUCCCGAUGACCGGUAUCUCUACAAAGAGAUCUCCGAAGAGGACGCCAAAUGCCAGGGCGUUUUCUACGAGACCGAAAACGGCAUCGAAGUGCCGCAUUCCGGCAAGACCAUCUCCCAGCUGAUGGUCAAGCCGCAGACCCUCCCUCUGGAGCCGAAGCGGAAGCCCGAAGGCCAGCCGGAGGGCCAGCCUGCGGCGAAGGCGGCCGCCGUCAACAAGGGGGACGAGGCCACCCCCCAGCUACCCCGCCACCCGGCUGGCCUUCUCGGCGCCGCCGACGCCAUCGAGGAGAGCGCGUCGACAACCCCAGACACCGGGUCCAAUGCCCCGACCCCGACCCCGGCGCCCGAGCCGGCAGAGGAAGCUGCCCCAGAGCGGGCCAACCAGCAACCCGCCAGCGGCGCCGCAACUCCGCCGGACGGUCCGGAACUCCCGAUUCCCCGCGGGGCGACGGAACCUGACGAGUUCGGUGUUCGUCUGAUCUCGAGGCGGCCCACUCGUCUGGACAUCCCCAACAACCGCAUCAUGGUGCCCAACCUCUUUGAGUGGGACGACCUGGAGAUUGGGUUCCGGGACUCGACCAACUGCGCCCAGAAGGGCGCCACCAAGCAACGCCGCGGCAAGUACCUCGGCCGCCCCGGCUCCAAUUACAUGUUCAUCGACCGCCGCGCCGGCAUCUGGGAUUCCACCCUGGCCGCCGGCGAGCUGGACGAGGAGCUGGUCAAGAAGUACGGCCUCCACCCUACUCUCGGCAUCGUCCUGCCCACUUCUGUCAACGAGUGGGAGCCGCCCAAGCCCGCCCCCGAUGGCCGGAAGCCCAUCGUCUUCGUCCCGCCCAACGGCGACCCCAUCCACACCUCGCGGACCAUCGAACCCGCCAGACGGGAUGCCGAGACGGCGGCCGUCGAGAGGCGGCUGGAGAUCGCACAGCUCCUGCGCACCGUCUGUGAGCGGGAGGGUCUCUCGUUGGCAGACCUGACGCCGGAUCGAGAACUCGUGGAGAAGAACAGGGCCGAGAUUUUGGCUGCCCGCGGCCUCGACCCCGCCCAGGUCCUUCAGCCCAAGCCAUCGCCGCCAACACUCCAGCCCGCCGAGGAAGACAGGACGGUCUUCGACCGAUUUGCCGACGAAGCGCUCGGAGCAGCUGCCGCCAUCGAGGCGGAAGAGGCGGCCGCCCGCGCGGCCACGGCUAAGCGCUCGCAAACUUCCCGGCCUUACGACGCCAUCCGGGACGUCUUCACCGAGAGCCCGUCUACUCGGCCACCCAGCCCGCCCUCCGCACAAGAAGCACCUCCUGCCGUUCCCAAGCCCCCCGACACCGCUAACCUGUCAUACCUUGCGGAUCUCGCCCUGCAGCCGGAGCCUACCGCCCCGUCGCUCGCUGUCGCCGAGCAACCGCCACAGCACGAACCGCCGCCGCCGCCGCCACCACCACCACCACCGCCGCAGCAACCGCAGCAACCGCAACAGCAGCAGCAGCAGCAGCAGCAACAACAACAUCAACAUCAACAGCCGCAGCAGCCGAACGGCUUGGUGACACGCGGCGAGUACGAGCGGCAACAGAGAGGGUACACACCACGGCCGGCCCAAUUCUCGCAACCCGAGCCGGCCCACUUGGCCCGGCAUGAGGCGCCGUCGGCACCUGUCGAACCCGCUCGGACCAACGAUUUCCUCCGGACCGCCCUGAAUCCCCAGCCAGAGUCUCCGCCCCCUCCUCCCAUGCCCCCGGUACACGAGUACGGCGGCGUUCCCCUUGCCCCAGCACCCGGUCCGAUGCCCUCGCAACCACCGCAGGCGGCCCCUAGCCGGACUCCUUUUUCCAGCACGGGCGCCACCAAAGGUCUCCCGGCGUUACGGCCCAUGCGUACCUUACUGAACGAACCCCCGGCGUAUCCCAACGAACCUCAGGGCAGCCCGGCUCUGCAUCACAGCAUGGUGGCCUCGAACAGCGGCGCAUAUUAUCCACCGGCAGCAAACCGCCCGUUCCACAACGCCUUUUCGAUUCAGGAUCAAGGGCAGCCCAUGCAGCCCAUGAUGCCGCAGCAGCAACUCGGAGCGCCUCUUCAAGCGCCGCCGCACACGGGCGCGCCGAUGGGUCCCGCCCCCCUUCGGCGGAUGAGCACGCCGCCGCAAUACCACCAACCUGUCGGUCCUCCGCUCGGCCCUGCCCCCGGACCCGGGGUUGGUACCCAGGCUCCCAUGCACUUCCAAGGACAACAACCUCUUGCGCCUCGUUCCCGCUCGGGCAGUUCUUCGGCGACCAACUCGGCGGCCUCAUCCAAAUACCGCAAGCUCGAACCCGCUCCCACCCCUCCGCACCGCCUGGCAUACUCGGGCAAUGGCCAAGAACUUCGCACCGUCCAGUUCGAUUACCGCGAGGCGAUUAAGGACUACUCCGCCAUCGAGGCUCCGCCGAGACACGGGCCCACCCAGAUCAGGGGCUGGACGCAUAAUAACAUUCGAAAGGUCGCCCGCCCAACCUCUUCCUCUUCCAAGACCGACGCGGGCGGGAGCGCACAUGCCAGUACCGGAGCCAGCUCCGAAGAACCAUCCGCUUAGGGCGCGGGUGGCGGAGAUGGUACUCAUGUCAGUAGUAGUGGACCUGCGGGGAAGAAGACCUGGGCCAGGAAGCGCACGAGGGCC